GCAGCGGCAAGGGCAAAGGCAGCAGGGUGGGGUCGCUGCGAAGUGGGCGGAGUGUGCCUGGAGGGAGGUGACGCGCUUUUUGACUUUCUUGUGCGUCCAAGCCUGGCGUGGAGGAAGGACGUUGCCUUCGAGCGGCUGUGUGUGUCCUGCCGGAUUGGAAGGAAGGGAGAAAGAAAGAAAGAGUGGCGGAAAGUUGCUGAGGAUACGAGCCAAGUGUGCUGUACUGAAACGAAAUAUCCCCUCCAAAAAACGGGAAGCCUUUGUUGGAAUACUCUCGAACGCUUGUGAGUAAAAUUCGACAGGUUUGUGACGACAGGAGGCAACGAUGUCUAUGCAACUAGGUGAACUCGAUAGAGGGGUUACGAAGGUGUCGGAGUGGCAGGAGACCAGGUACGGAAUCGACUCGGGCAUCCAGUCUGGAGCCAACACUAUCAGAGAUGACGACGGGGACUUCAGCACCUCCAAGCAGUACACGGUGACCACCACAGUCACAACAGAACCUCCAGACUCCCAGUACGUGUUGACCAGAGGCCAGCGGGUGCGGGCUGCCAUGUUCCCGGAGACUCUGGAGGACAGCACGACCAUCUUGACUACGACCCAAACGGAUCCGUCCCAGCUGACCAAUGUCCAGCGACUGGCGGAGCCCUCCCAGAUGCUCAAGGCGGCGAUCAUUCAUCUGAUCAACUACCAAGAUGACGCUGAGCUGGCCACACGUGCCGUCCCUGAGCUCACCAAACUGCUCAAUGAUGAAGAUCAGGCGGUUGUCAGCAAGGCAGCGCAGAUUGUCAACCAGCUAACGCGCAAGGAGGCGUCCCGCCACGCGCUGAUGCAGUCGCCUCAGGUGGUGUCAGCGGUGGUGCGGGCAAUGCAGAACACCAAUGACAUGGAGACCGCCAGGGCCACGGCCAGCAUCCUCCACAAUCUGUCCCACAAAAGAGAGGGCCUGCUCUCCAUUUUCAAGUCCGGUGGCAUCCCUGCACUCGUCCGCAUGCUCAGCUCCCCCAUGGAAUCUGUGCUCUUCUAUGCCAUCACAACGCUCCACAACCUGCUCCUGCACCAGGAAGGAGCCAAAAUGGCUGUCCGCUUGGCUGACGGACUGCAGAGGAUGGUCCCCCUCCUCAAGAAGAGCAACCCCAAGUUUUUGGCCAUCACUACGGACUGCUUGCAGCUGUUGUCUUAUGGCAAUCAGGAGAGCAAGCUCAUCAUCCUCGCCAACGGAGGUCCCGAGGGUCUUGUUCACAUCAUGAGGAACUACAACUAUGAGAAGCUGCUGUGGACCACAAGCCGUGUCCUCAAAGUCCUGUCUGUGUGCCCCAGCAACAAACCUGCCAUUGUCGAGGCCGGUGGGAUGCAGGCUCUGGGUAAACACCUGACUGGUAGCACCCCGCGUUUGAUGCAGAACUGCCUGUGGACACUCAGGAACUUGUCUGAUGCCGCCACCAAGCAGGAGGGAAUGGAUGGCCUGCUGCAGGUUUUGGUCAACCUGCUGAGCUCAGAUGACAUCAACAUGCUCACCUGCGCCACCGGCAUCCUGUCCAAUCUGACGUGCAACAACGCCUACAAUAAAACUCUGGUCACCCAGAACAAUGGCGUCGAGGCGCUGAUUCACGCCAUACUGCGUGCCGGAGAGAAAGAGGAUGUGACCGAACCUGCAAUUUGCGCUCUGCGUCACCUGACUUCCCGCCACCAGCAGGCUGAGAUGGCACAGAACGCCGUGAGGAGGCAUUACGGCAUCCCGGCCAUCGUCAAGCUCCUCAACCAGCCGUACUACUGGCCGGUUAUUAAGGCUGUGGUUGGCCUGAUCCGCAACCUGGCCCUGUGCCCUGACAACCAGAACCCGCUGAGGGACGCCGGCGUGAUCCCCCGCCUGGUCAACCUGCUGCUCAAAGCCCACCAGGAUGCCCAGAAACACGGCUCGUCCACCCAGCAGACAUACCAGGAUGGAGUGAGGAUGGAGGAAAUAGUGGAGGGCUGUACGGGAGCUCUGCAUAUCUUGGCCAGAGAUCCUGUCAACAGAGCAGAGAUCGCCAGCAUGCAGACCAUUCCUCUCUUUGUUCAGCUCCUCUACUCACCAGUGGACAAUGUGAAGCGUGUGGCGGCGGGCGUGCUGUGCGAACUGGCGCUGGACAAGCAGUCAGCCGAGGCCAUCGACGGCGAGGGAGCGUCCUCUCCGCUGAUGGAGCUGCUGCACUCCGACAACGAGGGCAUCGCCACGUACGCCGCCGCGGUCCUCUUCCGCAUUUCCGAGGAUAAGAGCGCCGAGCACAAGAAGCGAGUUUCCAGGGAGCUCACGCACUCCAUUUUCAAGAACGACCCCGCCGCCUGGGAGAUGGCCCACAACAGCGUCGCCAUGGAAGCGCCCUACCAAGACGAGCUGGACUCUACUUUCCAAAACUUCGGCGGCUACCCGGGUGACAUUCCCAUGGACGUCGUGGACGGCAACAUGAUUCAUGACGAUUUCGUGCCCAACAUGACCUACGACAGACAACAACAGUUUGAGCCUUAUUAAAGGUCCAAGAGAGGAGAAAAGUGGGCCGCCGAGCGAGAAUGGAACAAACAUCUCGAUUCCUUUUUCUAUGUAAUAUAUGCAAUUAUCAUUGAGUACGGGACUCCUAAUCUUAACAGGGCUUACGUAUGUUUUAUAUCCCAAUAUUGCUGCAAAUAAUUUCACACAUGCGGUUCUAAGAUUUGCGUGUACGUGUGCUUAGGAGUUAACGUUUUGUGUGUUUCUGCUUCUGGGGGGGGUCAUCUAUGCCAAAGACAUCUUAUUUUGUGAAGAUCACAUAGGUUGCUUUUUUUUUGUUUUUGUUUUUUUUUCAUAAGACAAUACUGCCUUGCAGCAGCGCGCUCAAUUUUUCUUUUUAAUGCCUUCAAAAGGGUCAUUUUGACAGGAUCUCGCUGUCAACCCGAACUAUCGGACAUCCGGUGCUCGAGUGCAAGAGAGCAAAAAGGGAAGCAGACGUCGCUGAAUCACGCGCCUGUUAUCGUUUCUCACAUUUUAUUCUUUUAUAUUUUAUUGGGAAAUGGUGGCAUAUUUUGCUUUAGCCAGAAUAAUAACACGCGUCAGUUUUAACCGAAAAGAAGAGCUUGUGUGUGUCUGGAACUAUUUAGGAUUUGGUUGUCAAAAUUCUGAUUGACGCAUUGGUUCAACAGAUUGACUGAUUUCUUUUGUGUGGAUUUAAUAUAGUCGGGACGCCAGCUGGAGAAACACUACUGACAGGGAAAUUUGUACUUACAAAGAGUUUUUACUGAAAUUUUGUUAAAUAAAAUUAAAGGAUAUAUUAAACCUG